UCAGCGAUUCUUCCAAGCCCGAAAAACCGGCUGCUGUACGGGAACCUGUCGACCUGGCCAGUGGCUCUCCAAAUAAAGAUGAGGUCCAGGGUAAGGCCAAGGAGAACGCCGCCAGAAAUAAUCACACCAGUGAUAUAAAAUGUAUGCUGGCCGACUGCAUGAAGGAGAUGGAAAUAAAUAUGUUUUCUUAUCGGUCACCACGCUCAAAAAGUCUAACAUGAAUUAAUAUUUUUAAAUAAUGAGGAUGCAUUGCAACCAAUGUGAUUGUCUCUGCCUUAUGGUUUUUUAUUAUUAACAUUCCUGUUUGAUUAUUGAAGAAAAUAAAAUGAACAACAACGGACGAUAAAAGUGGUGUGUUAUUUCCACAGUUAUUUCUCUCCAGCAAUUUAAUAUAUUUAUUCCGUGAGUAUUUACAUUCAGUACAUUGUCAUCUGAUUAAUUAUAGAAAUAUCAUGGAGCAAAAAAUUAAAUUGCGAUCCGUUGUAAGACGCCAUUUUACCAAGUCCGCAAUUACUUUCGAGUCGCUGUUAAACUCUCUUAAAACAGACCAGAAUAAGAGAGCGAGAUGUAUAUUAGCAUGUCAUAAAGUAAUUAGCAUUCCCAAUUAAAAACAUUAGAUAGCGAAAUUUGUGAAUUGAUUACCGCAUCUGAAAAUUGGGACGAAAAAGAGUUCGAGAAAGAGCUGGAUGAUACCAGUAAAUACCAAACGAAAUGGGCGCUACUGGAAGCACAGUUCGAUGCAUCAAUGGCAAAGACAUUAAAAACAGAAGCAAAAAAUGAUAAGCCGUUAUUUAAAUUGCCAAUACUAGAGAUAAAGAAAUUUGAUAGCAAUAUCAAGAAUGGGUUGUCAUUCUGGGGACAAUUCAAAAAAGUUGACUCCGAUCCGAUAACCGACGAGACUGAUGAGCUGCAAUACAUUUUAUAAUAUGAGAAAGGCUGAUUGCAUACCGUUGCGAACCUGCUCAAUUUAAUUGAACUUAACUUAAUUUAAGAACGUGAAUUAUUAAUAUGCGUGGUUUUUAUAUCAACUGUUUUGUUUCUAAUAAUAUUUAAGAAAAUAACAAGUUUUAUAUUCGUUUAGUUAAAUUUUGUAACAUAAUUAUAGUGCUUAUUUAACUUGCUUGCUACAUACAUAAUGGGUUUCGAAUAUCGGUUACAUGCAUCAUUUUGUUAUUCCGGCUGUGGAGGAUGUUAAAUAAUGAGGAUGCAUUGCAACCAAUGUGAUUGUCUCUUUUUUUAUUAUUGACAUUCCUGUUUGAUUAUUGAAGAAGAUAAAAUGAACAACAACGGACGAUAAGAGUGGUGUGUUAUUUAUCUCCAGCAAUUUAUAUAUAUUCUAUGAAAUGAGUUUUGUAAAAUUAUAAAACAAAAUACAGCCUAAGUAUGAAGACAAUAUUUUUCCUAUCAGCAUGUCUUAUCUCUUGCCACUGCCAAAAUAUCGAACAUACAUUCAAGAAUAUCAAUGAAAAAUUCGUUCAACUAAACGCUAUCGCAGCGGACAUAUCAUGGCAAUCCUCUAUAGAUCCUGGCAACCCAGAGUUGAGAGAGAGGGCCACCGAAUAUCAGAAAACUAUGUUAUUGUGGCAACAAGACACGUGCGAGACGCUGGCAACAUUGGGAAAUCGUCAUUUAUUGAACGCUGUUCAACGAAGGCAGACGUAUUUGCUGUGCAGAGGACCGAAAUAUACAUAUAAGGAGGCCAGGGCUAUCAGUUAUUUGUACGAUGAGCUACAAUCUACCUAUACUCACAUCGGCGUUUGCAUACCGGCACGCACGAAUAAAACAAAAGGAGAUCGCACGGCUACCGAAGAAGCGGCCAUUUUGGAUUACCUCUCAAACGUGGAACGAUUUUUGAGAGUGAAAGAUGGCGCUCGGUACGCCGCGAAAUUGGCGGGAAAUGAAGGAAUAGAAAGAGGCGAUAGCACGUUGUGCUUGAGAGGAGAAAACGAUUUCGACAGAUUGAUGAGGUUUUCAAAACAUGAGCAAGUACUGAAGUGGCUGUGGCUGUGUUGGAGGGAAAAAACGGGGUUGAUGAAACAACCAUUCAGUGAACUGGUGACCGUUGAGAAUGAAGGAGCGAGGCGUAACGGCUACUCCGACAUUGGCGCGUCAUGGAGAGAUGAAAUAGAAAUAAACAAUUUAAGGCAGUUCUGUCGUCGGCUAUAUUCCAGCAUUCGUCCUUUUUACACUUUACUGCAUGGUGUAGUGAGGUACUAUCUAAGAGCACGAUAUGGGAAUAUCGUACCUGAAAAAGGACCAAUACCGGCACAUUUGCUAGGUAAUCUGUGGUCCCAAAACUGGGAGCCGUUGAUUGAUUUUAUUACACUCAAGUCCGUUAAUCUAGAUGCAAGCGUUAAGAAGCUUAACUGGACCGUGGAACAUAUGGCAAAGCGCGCCGAAGAUUUCUACCAAUCAAUGGGAUUACCCCCGAUGACACCUACGUUUUGGCGGGAGUCUGUGUUCGAAAACAAAAAUGGCAACACGCGUUGUCAUGGCACAGCAGCGGACAUGUUUGAAAAUGGCGACUAUAGACUUCUCUACUGUUCCGAAACUUCAAUGGAAGAUUUCUACGUACUCCACCAUGAAUUUGGACAUAUUCAUUAUUAUAUGGCAUAUGCGGAUCAGCCAGGCUUAUUCAGACAAGCGAAUGCGGCAUUCCACGAGAGCAUCGGUGACGCUAUCAUGUACGGCGUGAUGACACCUCAACACUUACAUCGACUCGGCAUAGUGAACGAUUCAAUACUUUACUCUGAUUCGCCUGAAAGACAACAAGAUCCAAAAUCGAAAGAUGAAUCCAAAAUAAACGAGAGUCGACUGAGAAAAUCUAAAACAAUUGACAGUCAAAAAUAUGAAUUACACGAAGCACUGCUCUCUAACAUCACCGACUAUUUUAACAAUGUAUUUAAAACAAACGACGAUCAGUCUAUCAGAGCUACAAAUGAUUCGGUUGUUUUAGAAAACGCAAUCGGAGUUAGAGGAACAGAAACAAUAGAAUAUCUAAGUGAAGAUGAAGUAACAUCGGAAUUAGACACUGACAAAGAAAACGGUGAUGUUAAUAAUAAAGAAUUCCUAGACUUGACAACGGAUGAAUUACUCUUACUCAAGGUGGCAUUAAACAAAAUACCUCAGAUCCCGUUUGCUCUUGCCAUCGACGAAUAUAGGUGGGGGUAUUUUGAGGGAGGUAUGGAUAUAAAUAGAUUGAACAAAGAAUUUUGGGACUUGACGCUGGAGUUGCAAGGUAUAGUGCCACCAGAGGAAAGGACCGAAGAAUAUUUCGACGUGGCAUCGAAAUUCCAUAUACCUGACAAUACGCCGUAUAUAAGAUAUUUUCUCAGUAGCUUCAUUCAGCAUCAGGUAUUCGAGGCCUUGUGUCGCGCAGCCGUCUUCGGAAGACGUGAUAUGAAUACAGAAAUACCUGAUACUAUCACCUUGAAUAGAUGUGACAUAUACGGUUCAAAAGCGGCUGGAAAAUUGCUCAGAGAUUUCAUGUCUAGAGGUAACUCCCAACAUUGGCGGGAGAUUCUUAUCUCCACUACUGGCAACACUGACAUCACCCCACUGGCCCUACAACGAUACUACCGCCCCCUGUAUGAGGUUUUGGAGAGAUUCGCGAAAAGAAAAGGAAUUCCUUUAGGCUGGUAAUUUGGUUGUAGUACUUACAAAAAUAUUGAAUUAUGUAUUUGAAUUUGAAAUGGGAAUUAAAUUAUCAAAUAAUAUUAUUUUUCUCUAUUUUGAAAUUUCACUAACUACCUACUUAACUAGGAAAAAUUAAAUUCAGUCUAGCGGAUCGAUUGCCUAAAUCAACGCUAUAACAACACUAUGGUGAAAAACUUUAACAAUGUACGUCUUUUAAAAAUUCGGAUUGCCUAAAAUUCACGAGGUAUUGUUAUAGCUAUCAAAUACUUUAGUGAGUGAACGAUUCAACUGCGUUAUGUUAUUUUUUUAUGUUUAUAUAUCGUACUAAAAUCAAUUUCAGAUCAACUCAAGCCAGUAUCUUUCACUAUACGUGUAAAGGUACGCGAUAGCAACAUAACUUGACCAAAACUUCGUUCUGAUUGCGUCGUGAGAUAGAUUGUUUGUUGUUGCGUCGUUUGAUUGAUUAUUAUCUAUUAGGUGGAAGUGUAGUGGGGACGAGUCGGCGACAUCUGUUCCCGUACAACGGUCUAUGAUCACCCUUUUAACCACUUUCUGUGUUCUGUGGUAAAUACCUAUAGUGUGGGAAGUCAUGAAAUUAUGAAUGGAAGGUAAAAAGAAAACAAAACAUCAGUUAUAAAUUAACAAUAAAUACAAUUUAUUAACUUAAAUUCAAAUAGUUACAAAGUAUUUUGUUCGCUGGCGCUUAAAAGUAACAUUUUGAUUAGACGCAAUUAGGUAAACUAUUUAAGAUCGACUAAAACUUGAGCAUGGAUCAAUUUCAGUCAUAUUUUGUCGUGAAAAACAAGGAUAUGAGGGUAAUAUUAUGAAGCUUCUUCUAAAUUCAAUAUUAAAACAAUAGUUAAUUUUAGUUUAGUUAAUUGCGUAAAAUUAUCCUGAGAGUAAUGCAUAGAGGUAUAAGAAUACAGUGGGGAAGGCGGCUC